GCGCUUCAGCCCCGCCCCGCGUUCCAGCCCCGCCCCUGCUCGGCUCAGCCAAUCCCCAGCGGUGGGGCCGAGCGUCACCGGACGAGGGCUCUCAGACUACAGGGCCCGGAGUGUCAGCGAUGGGCGUGCAGCCCCCCAACUUCUCCUGGGUGCUUCCCGGCCGGCUGGCGGGACUGGCGCUGCCGCGUCUCCCGGCCCACUACCAGUUCCUGUUGGACCUGGGCGUGCGGCACCUGGUGUCCCUGACCGAGCGCGGGCCCCCUCAUAAUGACAGCUGCCCCGAACUCACCCUGCACCGGCUGCGAAUCCCGGACUUCUGCCCGCCGGCGCCAGACCAGAUCGACCGCUUCGUCCAGAUUGUGGACGAAGCCAACGCCCGGGGCGAGGCCGUGGGAGUGCACUGCGCCCUGGGCUUUGGCCGCACUGGCACCAUGCUGGCCUGUUACCUGGUGAAGGAGCAGGGUUUGGCUGCAGGAGAUGCCAUCGCUGAAAUCCGGCGCCUUCGACCUGGCUCCAUCGAGACCUAUGAGCAGGAGAAAGCUGUCUUCCAGUUCUAUCAGCGAACUAAAUAAGGGGCCUCAGCACCCUUCUUGGAGGCUCCACUCCAGUGCCCUGUGUAGCUGGGGCCAGAGACAGAGGGAAAUGGACUGAAGCAGAGACUGAAAUAAUGCACCCCUGCAGGCAGGUCCAGAUUGAAGGCAGGCUGAAGGGGAGGCCGUACUGCUUCUACCCUGAAUAAAUGACUUAUGAGAACAGCUCACUUUGAGUAGCACUUCACAAAGCUCUCACACACACCAAUUUAUUGGAGCCUUGCAGCAACUCUGUGAUCUAGGAAGGCCAAAGGCCAUCCCCUUUGAGUGACAUGGCCAAGGCUCAGAGAGGCCCUAAGGUUGCAAUCACAACUAGAAAGUGGGAAGAUGGGAUAGAACUACAACAUGCCUCUUCAGUUGUUCGAAGAUGCUGACAUCCUGUGUAUCUACUCCCUAACAAUGUUUGAGGUGUUUCUGGGGUGCUGGCCAAGGAAAAGGAUUCAGAUCCUCAGUGGCCCAGCCUCCCCCUUCUCCAGGUCUCUGAAACUUACAGGACAGGAGGACCCCUCAGUGUAGGUCCAUCUGCCACACAUGUGGCACCCUUGUCCCUCUGAGAUGUCGGUGCUCACAGAUAACCAC